CAGUGGAUGAGAAUUUUGACUAACGGUAGCUGCUCUGAAUAUUAAUGGCAUCAGCAAAUUGUCAUCCAAACCCUAGUUCCUCAAUUACAUUGCUGUAACUCUGUAACAACUAUCCCAUAUCUCACACACAUACACACACUGCGUAAUUUAUAUUAUCAUAAACAUACAAACACACAUAUUAUACACCUCAAAAACCCUAAUUUAUCAAGCCAUGGAAGACGACGACGAGUUCGGCGAUUUGUACACCGAUGUUCUUACACCGUUCGCUAAUUCAUCGUCUCUUCCGAUCCAGAACAACGUCGCGAUUGAUAACGAUCGUAAAGAGAUCGUCGCCGAAGCUCCGAGCUCGAAAAGAUUGGAUCUUGAAAGUUCGGAUCCGACCCGGAUUCAAUUGGAUGAAUCGAAGUGGAGAGAUAGGGUUUUGGACGGGGAAAGCGAGGAAAGGAAGUUUGAGGAUCCGAAUUUGAUUGAUGAAUCGCAGAUUAAUGUUGGCGAGGGUGAUGAUGGUGAUGGGGAGGACGGCAGGGGUGUGGGGAUCCCGGGUUUGUCGAUUCUGGGGGGUUCGGAGAAUCCGGUUAACGGGAAAGAUGAGGACUUUAUGGAAGGGGAGGAUGAUUGGGAUAGUGAUAGUGAUGAUGGUUUGCAAAUUGUGUUGAAUGAUAAUAAUGAUGAGAUGGAUUUGGGUGGGAUGGGGGGAGUUGAAGGGGAUGAUGCGGAGGAGGAUAAUUUGGUAAUUGUUGGCGACGGGGAUGGGAAUCAGAUUGAGGAGCAAGAUUGGGGGGAAGAUGGUGGUGCAAUUCAAGGUGGGGAGGGUGAGAGGAAAGAAGCCGGGGAUGGGGAGAGGAAAGUGAACGGAGUUGUGCAGCCCCCAAAGACGGGGUAUGGGUAUCAUAAUCAGUUCCAUUCCCAGUUCAAGUAUGUGAGACCUGGUGCACCCCCAAUUCCUGGUGCCGCUCCUUUAGCCCCUGGUGUCUCCCCAGGUCAAACUCGUCCCCCUCUCAGCAUGGGACCUACCCCUGGUCGUGGCAGAGGUGACUGGCGUCCAGCAGGAUUAAAAAAUGCCCCCCCUAUGCAAAAAGGUUUUCACGCGGGUUAUGGUGCGCCGGUUUGGGCGAACAAUACUCCAGGACAUGGUUUCGGCAGAGGAUUGGAUUUCACACUUCCAUCUCACAAGACUAUAUUUGAAGUUGACAUAGAUAGUUUCGAGGAAAAGCCAUGGGCACUCGCUGGUGUUGAUAUAUCAGAUUAUUUCAACUUCGGUCUAAAUGAGGAUUCCUGGAAAAAUUAUUGUAAACAGCUGGAACAACUCCGCUUGGAGGCAACUAUGCAAAGCAAGAUUCGUGUCUAUGAAAGUGGCAGGACGGACCAGGAUUAUGAUCCAGAUAUGCCCCCCGAGCUGGCAGCAGCUGCAGGGAUUCAUGAUAUUCCAGCUGAUAACACGAAUCCUGAAAAAUCAGAGGUUGGACAGAGUGAUAUAUCUAUGGCAUCGCUGCGUGCAAGACCACAAUUUCCACCUGGGCGACCGAUUCAAGUGGAAACUGGAUAUGGUGAAAGGCUCCCAUCCAUUGAUACUCGUCCUCCAAGAAUGCGCGAUGCAGAUGCUAUUAUUGAGAUUGCCUUGCAGGAUUCUGCAGAUGAUGAUUCUGUCAACGGGAAUGACAUCGCAAAGCUGCCAGAGGACUCAUCAAGAGAGGAGCUAGGAGUAGGCCGUGAUGUAGAAGAGAACAAUUCACAGGAAGACACUGCAGUUUUUGAUAGUGCACCACAAUCUUACAAGGACCGGAAAAGAGAGCUUGCAGGAAGAAAAGCUCCGUUAAAUAAAGCUGUUCGCGGUAAAGCAACAGGAGAUGAAAAGCCGCCUAUUAUGCUGGAAGCUCCUGUGCAGAAACCUUCUAGUUCUAGGGAGAAGACCCCCAUAUACCCUAGAUCACAUCGGGAUGAGAGGCAUAGAAAAGGAAGAGCAAGUGAGAGAUCCCCUAGUAAAACCCGUAGUGGGAGUACAACUGAGAAACCGCGUCAUGGCAUUCGAAAGGAUGAAUCGGCAGAAAGCAUUGAUGGUAAAAGCGGGAGCAGUCCUCAUUUGUCAUCUUCUCAUAACGGUGGGGUUCCUGAGGAUCAAUAUUUUGAACAAAAUGAUGCUACCCCUGAUGAGCAGCUGGAUGGAAGAUUUGAAAUGGAUAGGGUGGAUAGUGAUCUGAAUAUGACCGAUACCCAUAAAGAUGAAACUUCAUCUCAGUCCAUAAAGAAGCAAAAACUUAAUUCACGAGUUGAGCAACUGCCCUUGGAAGAAGUUGAUGACCGCGAGGAGUCUAAGGCUGCAAGAAGUAGUGAAAAUAGCAAAGCAAUAUCAGGAAACAGCAGGGACUACCAGAAUUUGCCAGAUGGCACUGAAGAUGAAGUUGUCCAACAUGGGAUGUCUGCACGGAUGGGAACUAAGAGAACAAAUGAGGAUGAGCAUCGUGCCCGAAGUAAAGUCCACAAAGAGAGAUCGGAAGUAGAUAGACACCACAUGGCAUUUAAAGGUAGGGAGGCUCCUUAUUCUCGUAAAAACUGGGAAUCAAAUGCAACCCAUCAUUCACACUUGAAGGCAGAUGUUGAUCGACGGAAGGAUAGUGAAAAUUCUGAUGGAGCCUGGCAGCGCAAAGACGAUGAGUCACAUGUCAGAAGGGCUAGAAUGGAGGACACAAGGAUGAGGGAUCGCAGUGAUGAUAUGGGACCGAGACACCGGAGUAAGGUGAGAGAGGUUGAUCGGAACGAUAUAGAUCAAUAUCAACUUAGGAAACAAUUGGAUAAUGGGAGUUGGAGGGGUUAUGACAAAGAUAUGGGGUCACGAGACAGAGACAGGGAUGAUAAUGUAAAAACUCGAAUUGAUAACUUCGACAGUAAACGAAGGAAAGAAGAUAUCCACUCUAAGAGGGACCGUGGGGAAAAGGAAGAACUCUUGCACGCCCAUAGGGAAAAUACUAGUCGUCGGAAAAGAGAAAGGGAUGACAUCAUGGAGCAGAGAAAGAAAGAUGAGAUAGCAAGAGUCAGAAAUGAUGACCAGCAAUCUCUCAGACACAAAGAUGAUAUCUGGUUCCCCAGGGAGAGAAUAGAUAGGCCAAGGGAGCGGGAGGACUGGCAAAGGCUUAAGCAAUCUCAUGAAGAAAUUCAUUCCAAAAGAGAGAGGGAAGAUGUGCGUGGAGUCAAAAGUGUACGGACUGUUGAAGAGAAAUCGUGGUCUAGCCAUUCUAGAGCGAAGGACGAACUUAAAGGUUCUGACAGAGAUUACCAUCUGAAAGAUCCAGGACGCCACGUUGAGCAACUUAAGAGGAGGGAUAGAGUGGAAACUGACAGCCUUCCACGUCAUAGGGGGAGUGAGGAUAUCUAUUCACGGGCAAGUCAACCCAAUAAUGAUGAGAGAAGAUCAAGGCAGGAAAGACCAAGUGCUCGUAAUGAUCGUGCUAUUAAUGCUUCUGAUCAUCAAAAAAUGCCCGAGAAGAAACAUAAAGAGUACCCUAGGAAGAGCAAAGAGUCUGUGGGAGAUCUCAACUCUACGGUACCAUCUAGGAGGAACCAAGAACACAACAGUCAGAUAAGCGAGCGGGCGAGAUUGAGAGGCAUGAUUGAUCAAGGAGGUGGUGAUCAGGGGAUCCCUGUGCCUCGUCAAUCCUCCAAAAGACGCAAGGAAGAUGCUUCUUCAGAUGAUGAACAGCAUGACUCAGCGAGAGGACGUUCGAAGUUGGAAAGAUGGACUAGCCACAAGGAAAGGGAUUUUGAUGCUGGUACUCAAUUAUCCUCCUUAAACGUAAAAGAGAAUGAUGAUCAUAAUGCUGGAACUUUGGCGGCUAAUACAGUAUCAGAUGUAUCUACGAAGACAGUGGAAGCGGGUCAGAAUUCACAUACCUUGGCUAAUGAAACAGAUGCUGGUGAUCAAGUGAACAUAAAGAAGGGUGGUGAAGUGAAACCAAAGGAAGAUAAACACUUGGAUACUGUAGCCAAGCUGAGGAAGCGUAGUGAGCGCUUCAAGCUUCCGAUGCCAAGUGAAAAAGAACCUGUAGCUGUAAAAAAGAUGGACAACGAACAGCUGCCGCCGGUCCAAACUGAAAGCCGCACAGAUUCAGAGAUCAAACAUGAGCGGCCUCCGAGGAAGCGCAGAUGGACUGGCAACUAGCUAAUGUGUACCUGUUCUUUUGAAGUAUAAUUUACAGGGUGUAGGGGAUUCACUAUUUACUAAUGCAAAUUUGACAGGUGUGUAGACAUGUUAAUUAAGACCAGUUUCUCUUUUGAUGUGUAUAUACCAUACAAAUGUAACUUAACGCAGGCCACUGAUGAUGGCUCAGACAAUUGUUUAGUUUAAAAACACAGUGUACUUUGUUAUUAUCAAUAGAUAUGUUAUUUUAGGA